UUUACCUGAUUGAGUUGGGUCUUCCCGCCACGGCAUAACAGUUAACGCAGUUUUACUGAAGUUGAACAGAUUAUCUUGUAACCUUUCAAGCUGUAUGAUGUUCACUUUCUGUAACCGGUAGUACUCUCUGCUGAAGUCUCUUUGUCAUUUGUCUGCGGAAUAUAGAUUAUCAUUUAGUUAGUACUCUAUGGUCUCAUCUUUUCUCGGUGGAUUUUAUUUAUCCUCAGUUGGCUUGAGAUUUUAAUUACAGAACAAGAUCGAAAGAUGGCUGAUGAAAAUGUACAUCUUAGUCCAGUAUCUAGUCUACUUCAUUACAAAUCUUUAGAUGAAAAUAAUGGUCAAUUAAAAUCUUACAAAAAAGACCAUGUCAACGAAGCAUUUGAAGACACAGAAGUUCCUAAAGUAAAUGGGUCAUCAAAUUACAAAAAUUUAACAGUACCAAAUAUCAAGGUAAGUGACCAAUCUGAAAACGGACAUUAUAUAGAAAGUUAUCUACAGCCACCUACCUCUCCGUAUUUCGAAAUGUCUGUUAAAGAAAAUGGUUUUCACUUUAAUGACAACAAAUUUCAUAAUUCUAUGAAAUUAGCAAAUGGUGCUAGCAAACCUCCAGAUGGAGCUCCUCCUGAUGGUCAUGAGAAAAAAAAAGAAAGUGAAGAAGAUUCCAAAGAACAAACACCAUCAGUUAGUUUUCUCUCUCUGUUUAGGUAUUCUAGCAACCUAGAUAAGUUAUUAAUGAUUACAGCAAUAAUUAUUGCUGUUGUGACUGGUGCGGCUAUGCCAACAAUCAUGGUUCUUUUUGGAAAUAUUCUUGACAGUUUUGUUGAUCAUCAUAGACUCCACAACAAUCUUACAGCUUUAUCUGGAAAUGGUACAAAUAUUACAACAGAAACAUUUCUGCACGAUGUUGCAGAUCUGUGCAUGUAUAUAUGUAUUAUUGGGGCAAUAGUAUUUUGCUUCAAUUAUAUUUUUGUCAGCUUCUUCAGUAUGGCUGCUGCUAAUCAGGCAUUUAAAAUCAGAUGUAUGUUUAUGAGAUCUGUUCUUAGACAAGAUAUUAGUUGGUUUGAUACUCAUCAAACUGGUGAUUUUGCUAGUCGACUUACAGGAGAUCUAAAUCGAAUUCAAGAUGGCAUUGGGGAAAAAGUUGGAAUGUGCAUUAGUUUUGUAUCUACUUGUAUUUUAUGCAUCUGUACUGCUUUGUACUUUGGCUGGAAAUUAACCCUAGUGUGCCUGUGUAUCAUGCCUAUUUUAACCAUUGCAAUGGGUAUUAUAUCGAAGAUCCAAGCUGCUGUUUCGGGAGAAGAGCUAGAAGCAUAUGGUGCAGCAGGAGCAGUUGCAGAAGAAGUAUUGUCAUCCAUUCGAACUGUGGUGUCAUUUGGUGGUGAAAAGAAGGAAAUAGAUAGGUAUAACAAAUGCCUAAUACCUGCCAACCAAAAAGGCAUCAAAAGAGGACUUUUGACUAGUAUUGGUGCUUCUCUUAUCUGGGUUUGCAUAUAUUUGGGAUAUGCUUUAGCAUUUUGGUAUGGUGUAAAAUUGAUUUUUGAAGGCAGAGGUCAACCAAAUCCUGAAUACAAACCAAGUACUUUAAUUAUUGUUUUCUUUAAUGUGAUAUUGGGAGCAAUGGGAGUUGGCCAAACUGCACCAUAUUUUGAAGCAUUUGCCAUUGCUAAAGGUGCCGCAGGAAAGGUCUUUUCUAUCAUUGAAAGAAAACCACCUAUUGAUAGCAGCUCGAAGAGUGGAAAAUUUCCUCAGUCUCUUGUAGGCAAUAUCACUCUAAAAGAUGUUCAUUUCAAUUAUCCUGCUCGUCCAGAUGUCACAAUUUUGAAAGGUCUUAGUCUGAAAAUAAAAUCUGGAGAAACAGUAGCUCUGGUUGGGCCAAGUGGAUGUGGAAAGAGUACCAUCGUGCAAUUAGUUCAGCGGUUUUAUGAUGCAGAUAGAGGAACAGUAUUUAUUGAUGAAAAUGAUGUACAAGAACUGAAUGUUGGCUGGCUUAGAGAUCAUAUUGGUCUUGUUGGUCAAGAACCUGUUUUAUUUUCAACUUCCAUUGCCGAGAAUAUACGACUUGGAAAACCUGGUGCUUCUCAAGAAGAAAUUGAAAAUGCAGCUAAGCUUGCUAAUGUCCACAAUUUCAUAGAUGCUUUGCCCUUAAAAUAUGAAACUCUUGUUGGUGAGCGUGGAACACAGUUGAGUGGUGGACAAAAACAGAGAAUUGCUAUUGCAAGAGCUCUCAUAAAAAAUCCUAGAAUAUUGUUGUUAGAUGAAGCCACUUCUGCUUUAGAUACUGAAAGUGAAGCUGUUGUGCAAGCUGCUCUAGAUAAAGCUAGUCAAGGACGGACAACUAUAAUUGUUGCUCACAGACUUUCCACUAUUCGAACUGCUGAUAAGAUAGUUGCAUUAUCUAAUGGAAUAGUUAAUGAAAUGGGAACGCAUGAUGAAUUAAUGGCAAAGAAAGGAAUAUAUUAUCAAUUAGUAACAGCCCAGCUGUCAAUGUGUAAGUACAUUUAUACUACACUAGUUGAUAAUAUUAGAGAGAGAUUGUUAAACCUUUUCUUAUUUAAUUCUCCAGUAAAUAUGAGUAAUUUGCAGACUAAAGAAGCUGAUGAGGAUGAUGAUGAAGAAUCAGAUGAUGAUUUUCUAGACGAAAUGCCUCCAUCACUAGAACGUCAAGCCAGUAUUCUUAGUUCUGGUUCUUAUGAAUCUGAAGAUAUGCAUAGCCCUAUCAAACGUACCUUUUCUGCUGCCAGUCGAAUCAGCCGAAUGAGCAGCUUUGCUUUUAAACCAGAGAAUAAAGAAAAUGAAGAACUUGAGCCUUCUAAAACUCGUUUAUUGAAAAUGUGCUCUCCUGAAUGGCCAUAUAUUCUAGUUGGUGCUAUUGCUGCUCUAAUUAUGGGUCUAUUUACUCCUAUCUAUGGCAUUUUGUUUGGAGAUAUUCUUGGAGUUUUAGCUGAGCAAAAUGAUCAAAUCUUAACUGACAUUUCAUUUUAUUCUUUGCUGUUUGUUGCCAUGGCCAUUUGUUCUGGCAUUGCUAGUUUUCUUCAGACUUUCAUGUUUUCAAUUGCUGGUGAAAAAUUGACUGGGAGAUUAAGAGUCAUGGUGUUUACAACUAUUAUUAGCCAAGAUAUGUCAUGGUUUGAUCAACCUGCUAACUCAGUCGGAUCACUUUGUACAAGACUAACGUCAGAUGCUUCUAGUGUUCAGGGAGCAACAGGAUCUCGUAUUUCUACCGCUCUUCAGGCAUUGUCAACUCUGAUAGCAGCUAUUGUAAUUGGUCUUUGGUAUAACUAUAAAAUUGGAAUUGUGGUUCUCUGCUUCAUUCCAUUAGUGUUGGUUGCUACAUACUUUGAAAGUCGGGUGAUAAGUGGACAAAUGUUAAAUGAAAAAUCAGGAACCGAGUUUGCAUCUAAGGUUGCUAUUGAAGCAAUCGAAAGUAUUAGAACUGUUGCUUCACUGCAUCAAGAAGACUCAUUUUAUAUGAAAUUUAGAAAUGCAUUAUAUGAGCCUCACAAGAAAUCAAGAAAGAACUCUCAAGUUAGAGGUGUGACAUUUGGGUUUGCUCAAAGUAUACCUUCUUUUGCAUAUGCAACAUCUAUGUAUUAUGGAAGUAUACUAAUAGCAGAAGGAACCCUUACAUAUCCAGACCUUUUUAAGGUUAUUGAAGCUGUUAUUUUAGGAACAUCAAUGGUUGGUCAGGCAGUUGCUUUUGCUCCUGAUUAUCAGAAGGCAAAACUUGCUGCAGUUCGAAUUUUCAAACUUUUAGAUCUGAAACCAACUGUUGAUGUAUUUUCUACUGCUGGCCGUUUCCUGGAGGAUGUCAAGGGAUAUAUUCGCUUCAGAAAUGUACGUUUUAACUAUCCCAGUCGUCAUAGAGUAAAGAUUUUAAGAGGUCUAAAUUUGGAAGUCCAACCUGGACAGACAGUUGCUUUAGUUGGAAGUAGUGGCUGUGGUAAAAGUACUUGUAUUCAGCUGAUUGAACGAUUUUAUGAUGCUCAUCGUGGUCAUGUGAUGUUAGAUGAUACUUGUGUAAAGGACAUGAAUGUAUCAAAUCUAAGAUCCCAUAUUGGUCUUGUUUCACAAGAACCGGUGUUGUUUAGCUACAGCCUGGCAGAAAAUAUUGCAUAUGGAGAUAAUUCUAGAACUGUUACUAUGGAUGAAAUUAUUGAAGCUGCAAAACAAGCCAACAUACACAGUUUUAUAGCUUCAUUACCUUUGGGUUAUGACACUCCUGUUGGAGACAAAGGAGCUCAAUUGAGCGGGGGCCAAAAACAAAGGAUUGCCAUAGCUCGUGCUUUAUUAAGAAAUCCAAAGAUUUUACUGUUGGAUGAAGCUACUUCUGCACUGGAUGCUGAAAGUGAAAAGGUUGUUCAAGAAGCUUUAGAUAAAGCAAGUAGUGGUCGUACAUGCUUGGUAAUUGCCCAUCGACUGACAACCAUUCAAAAUGCUGAUGUGAUUAUGGUCAUCCAUAAAGGACAAGUUGUAGAGAAAGGAACUCAUCAAGAACUUUUAAAUCGCAAGGGUCGUUAUUAUUCUCUGUAUACUACCCAGAUGGGAACACGAUAAUAUUAUUCAUAUUCUUGUUUCAUACUGUACAGAAUUAUCAUACCAAAUUUGAAGUCACCCCCCUUCUUGUCAUGUUUUAUUGUAAAUACAUUAUUUAUAACAAAUGACAAAUCAAGAGUGCAGCUUAUUAAAAUAAUUGUGUGUAAAAGCUGGUCUUUCUAAUUGUGAUGAUCAGCUGAUAGGAAAAAAAAUGUAUACCAAACAUUACAAAAGGAAUACAAAGUUCGUAUUUUGAUUAGAUUGAUUAGCAUACCUGUGCUCUCGAUUGCUUUUAUUUUGUCCUAUUUUUAAUAUUUUUUAAUUUAUAAGUAACAGUUUCAAUUUUCAUAUUGAUGCUUUGAAAUUUGUUAAAUAUGGUUAAUGUUAUUAUGAUUGAAUAUGUUGUUAUUGUGUUGCAUUUAAAGUAUUCCAAUCAAUGGAAUAGUUACAAACAAAAAAAUAUUUUUCUAUGUUCCUUGUUAUCAAUUCUGUGUGAUAUGCUUAUAUUGUACUUAAUAUCUAUAUGUGUUUGUGAUUAUGAUCAUUUAAAAUUACUGUGCAUUCAUUAUAAUAAUGAAAGCACUCGCAUCAUUUAUGAAUCAUAAUAUAUUUUAAUAAGUGUAUAAAUUUGGACUGAUCAUUAAUGUGAUACUUAAUGUAUAUUUCGUCGCUUUUAAUCAUUAAUCUAAAGUUUCAUGUGUUCAUCACCUUGCUGCCUAAUUGAUAACUAUGGAGAUUGUAUUGAAUAGUUUUGUUAUUUUUAUAGAUCCUUGAAGCUGCCAUCUAUAUUAUAACUAGCAUAGUUAUGUGUGUGGUCCCAAAUUUGUGUAAAUCUAACCAAAUCUAACUUAAGUAGUAAAAACUCAAAAUGUCUCUUUUUAGAAUUUUACACACAAUAUUUAAUAUUGCUUCUGAAAUUAAUAUUAAGCUCUAAAUAUGCAUUUUUUAAGGUUUAUACAUAACAUAUUCUAUAAUGUAAAUAUUUCAUUAGAAAAAUGUACAUUGAAUUAUGUAGGAAAAUCUGUUUCCAAAGUUGUGUCGCUGUUUAAUAUAGUAGCAACAUAAAUAGUUUUUCCGUAUAUAAAAGUUUUUGUAUUUUAUAUCUCCUUAAUUUUGUCCUUUUUUUAAUAUAAAAAAUUUUAGAUUUAGCUACAGAUUCGGGAGAAAUUGUACGCUUUUUAAAAUGGCGUUUUUCCUUACAAUUUCCACAAUUUUUUUUUUUUUUUUUUAAAUUAAUAAUUGUUUUUUAAGCUAACAUAUGUUUGUCGUUGCACUGUUUUCAUAGGAUAAACAAUUUUCUUUAUUGCCUUGUUAGAUUUUAGUCAAUGACGCUUUCCUUUUUAAUACAUUGUUUGUGUUAUUUAUCUUAAAUGCUUUCAUAUUUGUUUUUAUUCUAUUAGAUUUUAAAUAUUUUCUAAAUAAAAUUAUGCAAUAAUGAUUAAAAUAAAUAAUUAUGCGCAAUAAAUCAAAAUUCAAUUAUUUUUUUACUUUAAUGAAAACAAUCACCUUUUUUUAUAGAUUAGAAUUUAAAAUUUAGUCAUUAAAGUCUAAUUUAGCUUUUUUCAGCAAUUAGUAUAAACAGUAAAAUUUACAGUAUAGUUACCCUGUGUUUUUAAAUAUAUUUAUAAAGAAAAUACAACUCCGCUACAUUGAAAUAUUUUCACAUAUUAUGUUGAUAUUCUUUUAUAAAGAUAUCAAUGUGUUAAUUUGAUGUAAAAUUAAAUUUAUUCUGACAGUAUAUUUACUUAAUUUCUUUGUUUUAAAAAAAAAAAAUGUCUGUGCCAUAUACACUUGGUAACUUUAAAUAUUUUUUUUUAAUUUGUAAUUAAACUUUUUCUGUAAAAAUAUUAAUCUGUAAAAAUCCAUGCAUUGCCUUAAAAGAUCUGAUUGUGAUAAUCGUGUUCGCUUGUUCGAGUGUGUUUAUCCGUCCUGUGAUUUUUAAAUUUUGCACUUAUUGUUCAUAGAUCUUAAUAGUGUUUUUAUUUGCAUUUUUCAUUCAUAAAUAAAUUAUGACCAAGUUA